ACGCGAUGGCCGCUCUCGCAACAAUAUCAGGAUUUUAAAGCGAAAACAAUGGCUCUGUCGCUCGUAGAGGCGUGUUGUUGCUUUGACUAACUAUCGGAAUGGUAGUGGUAUCGUUUUAGCUCAUCGGGUUUGCGUUAAAGCCGGGCCGGAGGAGAACCGUGAGUGUUAGGGACUCAGUGUUUUUCUUGUUCGUCUCCCGGGCCUGGCUGGAGCUGCCUACACUGUAGCGGCGGGUUGCUACUUUCGGAUGAGCGGGCAGUAGGUCUCGAAGAGGAGAGAGGUCUGAAUUUAAGCAAACUGAAGGUGAAACGAGUCAACAGAGCCUCGCAGAGAGGCACGUAACUGGUAAAAAAUUGAUCGAUGUGGGUUGAGAGACACGAAGAACACAGUUUUAACUCCUAACGGUCUUGCUAGCUAGCAUUAGCUUACCGUAGCGUUGACUUAACCUAGCUAAAGCGAGAAGGCAUAACUAAUUUACCAUCGCGAUGCUUUCACCUUAGUCGUAGGAUGGAUCCAGACGGUGGGGCAGAUUCACAAAAAGCUGUCAGUUUGCAGUGGAAAAGCUACAAACUCGUCCAGGACCCAGCCAUCAGGCGUGUCACCCAGAAAAUCUACAGAUAUGAUGGAGUGCAUUUCAGUGUGCCAGACUCUGGAUUUCCACCUGUGGGAGAACUGCGGGACCCUAGACCACGUAGACUGUGGUCCAGGUAUACAGAGCUGUCCUUGCCAGUGCCGAAGUUUAAGCUUGAUGAGUUCUAUGUGGGUCCCAUACCUCUCAAGGAGGUGACCUUUGCUCGACUCAAUGACAACAUCAAGGAGCCCUUCUUGGCAGAAAUGUGUGCCAAGUUUGGGGAGGUGGAGGAAAUGGAGAUCCUGUUUCACCCCAAGACUAGAAAGCACCUGGGCCUGGCCAGAGUAUUGUUCACCAGCACCAGAGGAGCCAAGGACACAGUCAAGCAUCUGCACAACACCUCUGUCAUGGGCAACAUGAUUCAUGCUCAGUUGGAUAUAAAAGGCCAACAGAGGCAGAAAUAUUAUGACCUGAUAGUAAACGGGUCCUACACUCCUCAGACAGUGCCCUUGGGAGGCAAGGCUUUGACAGACAGACUUCAGCCUCAGGCUCCAACACAGCCACAAUCUGACACGCCAUCAGAAAUCAGGCGGAGGCUUUCCAGUGAGCUUGCAGUUUUGGCAGCAGGGGUCCAGGCCCUCACAUCGGGAAACGUCACACCUUGUUCUGUAGAUACUGGCUUUGGUGAUCAGCGUCUAGACACGCCCCCCUCCUCUAUGGCAGGUCCUUACACCCCAAGCUCCACUGCUUCAUCUCAGGGUGGUGGAGGAACACCUUACAGCUCCAGAUCUGGGACCCCUUUUUCACAAGACUCGGGCUAUGCUGGCGGAAGGCAUAGUGGAUACAAUACUGGCACUAUGGGCAGUGGCUACCCUCCCCAGGACAUGUUACCUUCCUCAUCUUCGUCUUCUGCAGUCUCAGCUACAGUUGGAGGAUACAAAGUGUCCCGCUACUCUGAUGAAGCACAGGAACCUUCAGUGUACCACCGGGGUCGUCCUUUGUACCCCCCAAACACGUCAUACCGUCCCAAUGAGCCGCAAUGCUACCCCCCUUACCCCAGUGCUGGAGGACCUGGGCCACACAUGUCACACCACUCCUCAAUGCCGCCACCACCUCUCGCCAACCAAUAUGAUCAACCCCUAAUGCCAGAGAGGGAACGUGAAAGAGACUCAGGGGGACGGUAUGGGCCAGCAGGGAUUGGUUCCAGGAGGUCAUCUUACCAUCACCAGCAGGACACAAAUUCUUCCUCAAAGUACCAUUCCCAUCACUCCCACCACCAUUCAGAUCGCAGGGAUGACAGGGGGUACAGGCGAGAUAGCCUGGGCUCCCGGUCAGGUGACCACAGCCACCAGAGACACCGUAACCACCAUCAUUCUCACAACCACCAUGGCAGCAGCAGCCGCAGAAGAAGCAGCCACGACCGGGACAGGGACCGAGACAGAGAUCGAGAUAGAGAGCGAGAUAGAGACAGGGACAGAGACAGUGACUACUCCAACAGUUCUGACCCCAGGUACAAUUCCAACUCGUACCGCUCUUCGUCUAACAGCAUGUCUCCUCCCCCAUCAUCUUACUCUGCAUAUUCCUCCAAAGAGCCUGCCCCAGCCCCUCCUCAGGGAUUGGACAUUUCCACUCGCCUAGGGAGCACAAGCCUCACUGAGAGGGGUUCUCUUCCUUCAUUAGGUGCUGACAAAGACUACCAUGGUCACCACAGCGCUCUGCCUCCACCUCCCCCACCUCCUCUUCCACCUGCUUCUGUUAUUGCAGCAGCUGUAGCAGAGACACUUGGAACACUGGACUUCAACCAGGGUAGUCCUGCCUGUGAAGAGCAAUGGACAAAGCCCAAACGUCGUCCUAGCACCCCACCUGCCCCACCCAAGACACCCCCACCUUCUUCUCCGCCCCAUCCCACCGUUGCUUCCUCCUCGAAUUCCCCUUCGUCUACUUCCCUUCCCCACCAUCUUUCUUCAUCUUCGAGCUCACCUCCACCCCCUCAGCGGGACUCCUCCUCCCCAGAGCCAGAUUCCACCAAUGAGAGUUUACCAUUUGUCUACCACAGUAGCAGUCUUGACUCUCGUAUUGAAAUGCUUUUGAAAGAACAAAAGGCUAAAUUCUCUUUUCUUGCCUCUGAUGAAGAUGAUGAGGAGGAUAGGAAAGAGGAGAAGCAGGGGGGCAAAAGUGGGGAUGGACCAAGACGGUCAAGUGAUGCAAAAGGGGAGAGGGAGCAGGUGGGAGACAGUGGGGAGAAAGACCAUAGGCGGAAAGGAGAAAGAGACAGAGAUGGCCACAGAGGAAGGAAACGAGGAAAAGGGGGAGAAGGUAGGAAGAGUCCCACGGUACUUAAAGUAUCUACACCACCCGCUUCCACUUAUUCUCCCCACAUCCCACCCCCGGAAGAAACCCAGACCCAAGUAGGCCCGGCAGGGACUGGAGCUUUGCAGGAAGAGACUUCACAGGCUGGAUCUGCUGAUGCACAGAGCCGGACAGGAGCACACACACCCCCUUACAAUGGACAGAGUCAGGCCUCUCCCCAUUCGUCAGGGGAAGACAUGGAGAUCUCAGAUGAGGAGGAGGAGACGACUACCAUAACAACGGUCAACACUCACCAGCCAUCAGCCACUUCAGGAUCUUCACCUUCAUCAUCACAGGCUGCCAUGCCUUCACAAACAACAGACCCCUCAUCUUCACCUCCACCUAUCUCUGACUCUUCACAGCACUUUGGCACCUCAAUGCACCCUCCCAUACCCUCCUACCCUCCUCAUUUGCCUCCUCCGCCCCCCCCUGGUUACUCCCUCCAACCUCCACCUCCACCAGGGAUUCCUCCUCUUCCUCACAUGGAGCUGCACCCAGAGUAUCCUCCCCCCAUGCCCCACCACAUGUAUGACUAUGCCAGCUCCAUGGAGCUGAUGAAUCAGUACAGUGGUGGAACUCCUAUGUCCUUCCAAAUGCAGACCCACAUGUUAAGUCGCCUACACCAACUGCGCAUGUCAUCAUCCAGUGACACCCCAGGCCCAGGUGAGGCAGCUACUGCAGACUACAACUCUUACCAUCUCCACUCUAUACCACCACAUCACACACACCACCCCUACAUGGACCAAGAGGGUAGUGGGGCAGGCACUCAUUAUGACCAAGACCACCGCUACAUGCCCCCCCACAUGCCCUAUCCCUACCCUGACCCCCACAGCACUCAAAUACCACCCCAUCCACACCAUAGCAUCCCGCCUCCCCACACUGGCUGGCCGCCACAUGUCUUACCUCCACACUAUCCAUCUUAUAUGCCCCCACCUGGUUAUGGCACCAUGCUGCCUGGGGAAAGAGAUGAGUACAGGGCUCCAGGGGAUGAGAUGUCCAUGCUGGCAGAGAAUCCUCACGAAGCCACAGUGCAGAUGGUCUUGGCCACUCUCAUCCAAGAAAUGAAAAACAUCAUGCAGAGGGACCUGAAUCGCAAGAUGGUGGAGAAUGUAGCUUUUGCCACCUUUGACGAGUGGUGGGAGCGGAAGGAGACCAAGGCCAAGCCAUUCCAGACGAUGGUUAGGGGGGUUUCUGCCUUACGGGAUGAUGAGAAAAAAGAGGAAAAGGUCAACCGUCCACGGGAGCCUCACAUGUCUCUUGUGGAUUGGGCAAAGAGUGGUGGCAUGGAGGGCUUUUCUCUCCGUGGAGCACUACGACUGCCUUCCUUCAAGGUGAAAAGGAAAGAACCUCAGGAGCUUGAAGAGGGAGACAUGAAGCGGCCACGACCCUCAACGCCACCAGAUGAAGAUGAUGAAGCUGCUGAUGGGCGAAUACCAGAGACAGACAGACAUGGAGCUGAAAGGGACAACAAGAGGAGGAAAAAGAAGCCAAGAAGUCGCAAACCUUGGGAGCUUGACAGUGAAGGAGAGGAAACAUCUGAUGGUUCUUCUACUGAAAAGGAGGAUGAGGAGGAAGAGGAAAGUGGAAAAGAGUCUGAUGAUGAUGUCCUCAGUGCUGACAGUGAUGAUGAGAGCCUCUCAUCCUCUUCUGAAGGCUCUUCCUCUUCAGGAUCCUCAUCUUCAUCUUCUUCUGAGGAUGAAGAGGAAGGAGAGCGGGCAGAGAGUGAAGGACCAGACACAAUGGAUGAGUCAACCAUGGAUAGCACAACUGAGAAAGAGGAUGAUGGGGAAAAUAAUGCAGCUGUUGUUCCAAAGGCAGAGGUCAGAACAGGUGAUACGAAAGAUGGCAAGGCAGACAUAACAGCACCUACCAAGCAACCACCCUCACCAACAUACCCACGCCCUUCGUCCCCUAUUGUUCUUGUGCCCCCGCUCAAGAAACGCAAAAAGACUGUCUCCUUCUCUACAGACGAGAACGAAAGCAAAAUGCAAACACCAACUGCACCGCCAUCUCCAUCGCAAGUUUUGGGUGAACCUCCCCUCCUCUCAGGCAGGAUUCCGGAUUCACCCAUCAUUGCAUCCUCACCCCCAUCAGCUCGUCCCAGUCAGGGCAUCCAGCUGCUCCCCUUUGCCUCUAAACCAGGUGAAGGGAAUGCACUCAUUGUACCCCCAUCUGGACGAACCCAAGAUAUCGAGGAGUCCAAGAGAGGACCUCUCAUUUCUCCUCAUACUACCCCUGUCAAAUCCCCUGGCAAACGGGGUGCAGGCAAAGACUCUUCCAAAUCGCCUGCCCCUCCUGUUAUGGUGUGUCGCACUGUGCAGAACCUUCCUUUGGACCAUGCCUCUAUGUGUAGAAUGGCCUUUGAGGAGGCCCCAGCACCAUCUUCUGUCAACAAAAGGUCCAGAGGCAGACCUCGGACAUCCAGCUUGUCUACUUCUUCCUGUCACUCCCUCAGAGAGGAAGAUGAGGAUGAGGAAGAAAGUGAGCAGAGGUUGAGACUAAGAGAACAGGUUGGGGCCUCCAGCCUCCUGCAGCUGGCCUCUGCUUCAACAACUGACCUGUCUGUGUUGGCUGAUGUAGCUUUGAAAAUGGACCCUGAUGCUGGGGACUCAGAGGAGACAGAGACAUCUGAUGAAGCAGAGGAACACAAGAUGGAAGGAGAUUACUUCUCCCCAGAGUCGCUGGCCCUUGUUAUGAGCCCAGGGGCUGUAAUUGUCCUGAUGGAGCACAACUACUGCAAGCCCCCUGUUCUCCCAGUACCACCUGGUCCCAAAAGGACUUCCUCCAGACAAGAUUCUUCUGUUUUGCUCCCAGCUGACCUCAACACUAUUUCUGGGGUGCUUGAAGCACCAGAGGAGGUCAUUGGAGAUGCACUUACAUCUAGGGGAGAUGUUGGAGAAUACUUCUCUGCAGUGGGAGAGCUGUGUGACUCUGAGGAUAUGGGCCAAGUUACACCUGUUUCUCCAUCAUCAAAGAAGAAGAACCUAAUUGGCAAAGGUUUUGAAAUUGAACAGGAACAGAGCAAAAAGAGGAAGCAAAAAGAUAAAGAAAACCAUGAUGCUCAUCACAUAAAAAAACAGAAGGAGCAGCCCAGCAAGAAACAGAGGAAGCGGAAACUGGAGGAUUCAGACUUGGAGGAAGAUGUGGAUGUGGAGGAGCUUGAAUCUGGGGAGUUGUCUAGCUCAGACACUGAAGAAGAGGUAGUUGAAGAGGUGAGGAAGAGUGAGCGCCUCUUUUUGCAAGAGGCUGGAGUAAUAUCAUCCCAGAACUGGUCCAAACCUGUCCCAGCACCCGAGCCACCAGCUGUGAAGUUUGAAAACCGCAGUGAAUUUGAGCAGAUGACCAUCCUGUAUGACAUCUGGAACUCUGGUCUGGACGGUGAAGAUUUGAUGUUUCUGAAGAAGACUUAUGAGAAGCUGCUACAGGAUGACCAUAGCUCUGACUGGCUCAAUGACACUCACUGGGUCAACCAUACUAUAACCAAUUUGCCAAAUCCUCGCCGCAAAAAGAAGAACACAGAUGGACAGCUUCGUGAGCAUGUGACCGGUUGUGCCAGGAGCGAGGGCUACUACGCCAUCAGCCGCAAGGAGAAGGACGUCUACCUGGACCUUGACCUACCCGAGCAGGUCAUACGGGAGGUGGAGAAUGUAGACAGCUCGGGUGCUAACCGAGUGCUAUCAGAGAGACGUUCAGAGCAGCGCCGCCUUCUCACUGUCAUUGGCACCACCGCUGUCAUGGACUCUGACCUGCUUAAACUCAACCAGCUUAAGUUCCGCAAGAAGAAGCUUCGUUUCGGACGCAGCCGAAUCCAUGAAUGGGGCCUGUUUGCCAUGGAGCCCAUUGCUGCCGAUGAGAUGGUCAUUGAGUAUGUGGGUCAGAACAUCAGACAGAUGGUGGCUGACAAUCGAGAGAAGCGGUACGCACAGCAGGGCAUUGGGAGCAGCUACUUGUUCAGAGUGGACCAUGAUACUAUUAUAGAUGCCACCAAGUGUGGCAACCUGGCACGAUUCAUCAACCACUGCUGCACUCCAAAUUGCUACGCCAAGGUCAUCACCAUAGAGUCGCAGAAAAAGAUUGUGAUCUACUCAAAGCAACCCAUUGCCGUCAAUGAAGAGAUCACCUACGACUACAAGUUCCCACUGGAGGAGAACAAGAUCCCUUGCCUGUGUGGAACAGAGAACUGCCGUGGGACACUCAACUAGUGAAUGCACUUCUCUCCCUCACUUUCCAGUGGCCAGCCAUGCCCGGGUUCACCCUCCUCAAUGUGUAACUUGAAACAAACCCACCCCCAGUACCCUAUGCUGCCCCUCCUGAUGGCCUCACAGCCAGCCUCACUAUACUUAGGAAACAGACACGCACACACUUGGCACUUUUCAUACACUGUUCUCAUUCUCUAGGCACUUCCACAAGCUAGUGGGUGAUUGGAUUGGCGUCAUCUGGCCUUUAGCAUCAGCUCAUCAGUGGCAGUAUUAUUGGACUUGACUGGGUGCUCCAAAGAAGUUGGUCCAUGAAUUAGGGCAUGAAAUGUUUUUCUAACUGGAUGCCAACAUCCGUUUGAAAGGAGAUAAUGAAAGCAAAAGAAAGGAAGAAUGUUGUUAAGCACUCUCAGACAUGGCUUCAUUAGUCUGUUAAAGUGACGGCAUCAGUCAGACAAAGGUUAUUUUUACGUUAAGGUUCCUCAUAACUUCAUGCUGACAUACCCUUGAUGCGCACAAAAUAUUUCACUUGCUUGCAAAAAGCUUCUAUUUUUGUGAAAGACUAUUGUUAGUAUCCAUUCUAGGGAAGUGAAAUCACACUUUGGGUGUUUAGUUCCUCUGCCAUUAUCUCUAAGCAACAUCUUUCCAUGUGUUUGCAUGCUGCUGUGAAAGUUGUACUGUGUGUCUCAUAAAUAUCGUUUUUCUUUAUUGGGUGUAGCUAAAACACAUCAGAGAGGGAUGUUUCAAUCUUUAAUAAAUGCAGUAGGUAGAAAAAAUAUAAUUGUGCAGAAGUUACUACUGUUUAGGGCACUCUCUUGUGAGCCAAAUGACUCUCAAAUAUGCACAAGAAGUGCAAACAUAAUCUUGUGCGUAACUAUCUGUUAAUGUAGCAGCAUGCAGAGUUUUGCCUGUUUUUAAAGUGAUAAAUGUUGCAGGCUUUUGCUCAGUAAGAUUUCCAUUGUGACCUUUACAGAAACCAGGGUGUUUAUUCAGAUGCAGGUACAUUUGGAUGCCGUCAGAUUAAUAUGAGGAGUUCAUGUCUGAAAGGAGCUUUAUUUUGUCAGUGUCGGCCAGGAAUUGCUCCUCCAGUGUCAAAACUCCUCCCCUUACAAAGCCCGUACAGAGACGCACAGGAAUACCACAUAAAUUCAGGGUUUUUAGAAGCGCCCAUUAAGGGUGCAACUUUUAAGAUAACAAACUUCAAUCAAUUUGGUUUUCAGUUAUGCAAGAUUUCCAAGUGUGAAGGUUGUUUUGGAGAUUUUUUUUUUUUUCUUUUGAUAGUAUUAUAUAAUAUUACUAUUGCUGUUAUUAAUGGUAUUGUUACUUAUUUGCAUUAGCUGUAAGUAUAUUACAGUGACAUGAGCUUCAGUGUACCCAUCCACUGUCCUCAGUGGCUUUGUGAUUCACCAGCCCUAUAAAUCUGUUUUCCCUCUCCACUGUUCAUUACUCUAUUUUGCAACAGCCUCCUGUCUGGAUAAGAGUAAAGUGUUUUAACCCACUGAAACUAUUUAAUUUCAGUUUCCGGUAACUGUUCUGUUUUAAUUUUAUGUUACUGCUAAAUUUUUGCUACAAGAGCAUCACAUUAUAGUCCCCAUUGUUUUGUUUUUUUUCCCUCUCCAAACUUAUGGACACUGACAUGCUUGCUUUUAACAAAUUGUGUGCUCCUGAGUAAUUAGUGCUGUGCUGGUGACUUGCAGUUCAGCACAGGAUCAGAAAUGAAUUUCAACAGCUGGUUUUACCACCACAAUAAUUGAGGGCAUAUCUAUAUGUUGACCUCGGAGAGCUUGUCUGCCAUCUACAACUUGGCCAAUCCCAUUUUCUCAACAGGGAAGUCACAAAGAAGAUAUGGUGUUUUUGACUAGGGAUGGUUGAGGCCGUGUCUCCCUGUUUGUGGAUGUACUGUUUAAUUCUUCAGAUUCACAAAGGGCACAUAAAUCUGAGCAAUCACAGCCAUUGUGUGUUUGGUUAAAAGCAUGUAUGUCAGUGACGCAAGGCAACAAAAGUUUUUUGUGAACAAAAUUUUCUCGCCGCAUCUAUUAUUAAUUCUUUGGUUUCAGCAAAUGCGCUUUGAGAGAAGCAUUUUCUACAAAUUCUUCUCCCUAGUUGGUUUUCUUAAGUGCUGAAGUACAUAAAUGAGUGUGAGAACAGUGCUGCUGGCUUUGCAGGCAUUUGCUACAAGUUUUGCUACAUUUUUAGCAGAGGCCCAAGUUGACAAAAGUUUAUGUAAGAAGAACUUUAAUGGCACUUUGGGUUGCUCAGUGUGCAGGCAGAUGUUUUUGUAAGGCACCUUUAUUUGAUUUGUCCAUUUCUGUUCAAAGACUUAAACUUCUUUUUUUCCUCCCCGUGUUGCAGAUCUUUGCAAAAUUCAUUAGUAGACAUUUUAUUUCAGGUGGCCCUUCUAAAAAAUCAUAACUCCAAAAAAAAAAAAAAAAAAAAAAAUCCUGCUUACAGUCUGUUUGCAGUGUAUAUAGGUGAACGUGUCUGUCCCUGCGAGGUUAAGCAAGUUUGUGAUACGCUGCAGACGGGGAUUUCGAUGACCCUUGUGUUGUCCAUUUUUACCAUGGCUAUGGCCGUCCAAAGUUUAACUUUGAUGUUGAACUUUUAACUAGACUCCUGUUUGUUUUUUGUUCUUUCCCAAACAGGAAAAUGUGUAAAAUAUUUUUUGUUGCAAUGAAAGCCUUUCAGUACAAACCAACCCUCUUUACUACAGGAGAAAAAAAUGAAAGGAAAAAAAAAAAAAAAGAAAGAA